AGUCAGUCAGUGAUUCUCAGGUGGAUCGGACAGCUGCUUUAAACCAUGUUUCAGCUGCUGCUGCUGGCCGGCGUGGUUGUGGGAGGAUACAUCGUCCUCACACAGACGCUCUUCAAAAGAUCCAUAUGCACUGGAAACGCACCGAUGGCCGGCAAGACCGUCAUCAUCACAGGAGGGAACACGGGCAUCGGGAAAGCCACGGCUCUGCACCUCGCCAGGAAGGGAGCCAGAGUGAUCCUGGCCUGCCGAAACCGGGACAAGGCCGAGGCAGCCAUCGCAGAUAUACAACAGGAAACAGGAAGUACCGACGUGCUCUACAUGCUGUUGGACCUGGCCAGUCUCAAGUCCAUCCGCUGCUUCUCCCAAACAUUCCUGAAAACCGAGUCCAGGCUGGAUCUGCUCAUCAACAACGCCGGUCUGGUGGCUGACGGGCGGACAGAAGACGGUUUCGGCAUCCAGUUCGGGGUGAACCACCUGGGUCACUUCCUGUUGACCUGCCUGCUGCUGGAGAGUCUGAAGGAGUGCGGCGGAGGACGCGUGGUCACCGUGUCCUCCAUGGCUCAUCGCUGGGGACAAAUCGACUUUGAUGCUCUGGCAGUGAACAGACACCUGGGCACCGGCAGGUACAGCUGGCAGUUCUUCCAGGCGUACUGCAACAGUAAACUGUGUAACGUGCUCUUCACCCACGAGCUCGCCAAGAGGCUGAAAGGAACCAACGUGACGUGCUACAGCGUCCACCCAGGUGUCGUUCGGACCGAGCUUUCACGUCACGUCAGCCUGUGGCAGAAGGUUUUCAUCGAGCCCGUGGCCCGGCUGCUGUUCCUGGACCCGGAGGCCGGAGCUCAGACCACGCUGCACUGCUGCCUGCAGGAGGGAAUCGAACCUCUGAGCGGACGUUACUUCUCCUGCUGUGCCGCACAGGAAACGUGCGCUCAGGCCCGAGACGACGCCGUGGCUCGGAAACUGUGGGAGGUCAGCGAGACGCUGUGUGGUCUGUCCUGAGGUGGAACGGCCACAGAGGACUUGUUCUCGGUCUUAACCGGAUGGUUAGGAGCAAUGAGCUCUGAACCCUCCGCUCUAAACUGGUGACUGCGGUGUUGAAGUGCUGGUCUUUCUGUCUAUAUGCAUGUAAUAAUAUUAAUAAUAACACUUUGUGAAAGUCUG